CAUACUCAUAUUCAUAUCCACAUAUUUACACAUCCUCCAUCACAAUGAGCUCACAAACAUCAUACCCACAGGCCUACGGCGGCAGCCCCACACUUACAUCUCGCUUCCUGCGGGUGCGAGUCCACGGCAUCUCCGCACCGUCGAUAGCGCAGGGCUGCACAGGCAACCACGCGCCGGGGGCAUUCGGCGCAGCAGCAUCCAACGCGCUCAGCGCCCUACGGCAGACCAACCAGCAAUGGCGCUCAGCAGCACUGCAGCGCGGCGCCACGCAGGUGGUGGGCAGCAGCCGGUGGGCGCGGCGCAACGGACAACUAGCGCAGCUGCACGCGCUGCACGGCCACCGCGUGCGGCGGCUGGUAUUCCGCGCGGCGGAUUAUUUCCGCGAGGGGCGCAGCGACAGCGCAGCGCUGCUGGCGGCGCUGGACGCGUUUCUGGCGCUCGGGUGGCCGGCUGCCGACGCCGUGGCCGUCGAGUGGUUCAGCGGGCUGGACGCCGACCACCGGAGCAUCGCCAAGGCCAUUGCCCGGUGGACGCCCGGCGUGCGCGACGUGUUUGUGCGCGACAAGGGCGCGUCGCUCGGCCGCCACCUGUGGGGCGCCGACCCGCUGCGCGUGCGCCGCCUGGCCAUUGAGCCGUACGGCGGCGGAGGCGGAGCCGAGGCCAGCUUGGCUGUUGCUCGCGUGGGCCUGGGCCGGCUCACAGCGCUGUCCGUUGGCGGGCGCGACUUCAGCGCCGAGCUGCUUGCAGCGCUGCAGCAGUGGCAGCCGCGGCUGGCAACCCUGACGGUGACGCACGCGUGGCUCGGGGCGCUCCGCUCUGCGGCGGCGGCGGCAGUGGUGCUAGGCAGUGUGCGGCACCUGCAGCUGGAGCACGUGGUGGCCGAGGAUGGCGAGCUUCCGCUUUGCGCGGCAAUGUUCCCCCAGCUCGAGUCCCUGGUGGUGCGCCACGUGUGGGCGCCGUCGGCCAGCCGCAGCGCGUUGCGCGGCGCCAGCUUCGGCGCGCAGCAGUGGCCGCGGCUGCACACGCUGGCGCUCCCGGCCGUGGCCGACCGCGAUGCGCAGUGGGUGGCGCGCGCGUGCCCGCGGCUGCAGCGCCUGGCGACGCACAGUCUGGACUAUGCCGGCCCGCGGCUGACCGCCACGGGGCUAGCCGCGUUGCUGCGCGUGCCGGCGCUGCGCCACCUGGCCAUCGAGCAGCGCCGCGCGGAUGGCGCGCCCGGGUACGACGUCCUGGACGCCGCGCUGGUGCGGCUGCUGACGCCGUCGGCGCCAAUGCCCGGCGCGAUGGUGCGGCGCGCGUCGACCGUGACGCUGGGCGGCAGCGGCGACGAAGCCGAGGCCUAUGCACGCGUGCGCGCCGCCCGCCGCCUUCCUCUCGACGCUGCUCAUCCCCAACGUGUCCUUCUCGGCCGCCAACCUCGACGCGCUGCUGCGGCUCCUGCCGCCGUCGUGUGCGCGUCGCUGUCGCUGCGCACCGAGGACGAGCAGCUGGGCUUCCUCAAGGGCAGCCGGAGCGCCAAUAAGCGCCAGGCGCUGCUGCCGCCGCCGCCCCACGCGCUCGCCAGCUCCCUGCGCUCGCUGGCGCUGACAGCCGACGCCGACAUCCUGACGGACGCGCAGUGGCUGGCGGCUUGGCUCGCGCGCCACUUCCCGGGCCUGCGCGAGUGCCGCACCAACCACGCGCGCUCGCACCACCGCGCGGCCGCGGCGCUGCGCUCGGCGCUGCCGGACAUUGUUUUUUCGCAGCAGAGCUCGCGAGCUCCGCAGGGCGUGAACAGCUAGACCCGAAUAGGCUUUUUAUUGAUUUGCUUUGAUUCGGUUUGAUUUGAUUUGAUUUGCUUUUCUUUGCUUUGCCUUGCUUUGAUUCGACUGGCCCCGCUUUAUGGCCCCAGCCUCAGCAGGCUGCCAAUCAGCCGCCGCCGCGCCGCGUCCAGGUCCGGCUGCAUGACGUGCACGCCGAGCAGCGUGACGACAACAAGCUCGUUGGC